AUGCAUUCUCUGCCCUCGGCUGGCCGGACUUUGCUGCCGGACCACACAGGGACUGCGAGGUUGGCCAUGACCUCUGAGGCCGAUUCUGGAAGGCACGGUGCCAGAAGUGGGAUGCUGCGGCGCUGGACCCGGGAGGAGGACAGCGCAGUCCUGAUUGAUGUGGCCCCAACAGCGGAGAGGGCAGGCCCUUAUGGGAGCACAGCCUUGCAUGCAGCCGUGUCUGAGAUGGGUGGACCCCAGACAGCCGCCUACAGGGCAGGGAGCCCAGCCAAGCCCAAGAUUGACUUCGUCCUUGUUUGGGAGGAGGACCUGAAGCAGGUUCGGCAGCAGGACAGCGCCACCCAAGACAAGACACACACACACAGGACCUGGAGGGAGACCUUUCUGAAUAAUCUUCGUGCAGCUGGACUGCAUGUGGACCAGUGUGACAUCCAGGACGAGGACUCAGCGGUACACUAUAUGCUCCUCAGUGCGGCCUGGGCUGCGCUCUGCUAUUACGCGGAAGACCUGCGCCUGAAGCUGCCCCUGCAGGAGUUGCCCAAUCAGGCCUCUAACUGGUCAGCCGGUCUACUGGAGAAAUUGAGACUUCCCAACAUCCUGCAAGAGGAGGUGCCCGACCUGCCCCCCGAAUACUAUUCCUGCCAGUUCAAAGUGAGCAAGCUGCCCAGGUUCCUGGGGAGUGACAACCAGAACACCUUCUUCACCAAUACCAAGCGACACCAGAUUCUGUUUGAGAUCCUGGCCAAGACCCCAUAUGGCCACGAGAAGAAAAGCCUGUUUGGGAUUGACCAGUUGCUGGCAGAAGGGGUCUUCCAGGCAGCAUUCCCCCUGCAUGAUGGCCCCUUUGUGUUGCCCCCUGAGGGACCACAGCCCCAGGCCCUGAACCAGCGGCAGAUCCUGAGACAACACUGGGCCCGCUGGAGCAAGUGGAAUAAGUACCAGCCGCUGGACCACGUGCGCAGGUACUUCGGAGAGAAGGUGGCUCUCUACUUCGCCUGGCUGGGGUUCUAUACAGGUUGGCUCCUGCCAGCAGCUGUGGUUGGCACACUAGUGUUCCUGGUGGGCUGUUUCAUGAUGUUCUCAGACACACCCAUGCAGGAGCUGUGCAGUAGUGACGACAGCUUCCAGAUGUGUCCUCUCUGCUCCGACUGCCCCUUCUGGCAGCUCUCCAGUGCCUGUGCGCUGGUCAAGGCCGGCCGGCUCUUCGACCACGGCGGCACGGUCUUCUUCAGUCUCUUCAUGGCGCUCUGGGCCGUGCUGCUGCUGGAGUACUGGAAACGUAAGAGCGCCACACUAGCUUAUCGCUGGGACUGCUCGGACUACGAGGACAUCGAGGAGAGGCCACGACCCCAGUUUGCCGCCGCUGCCCCCAAGACAGCCCUGAACCCCAUCACUGGCGAGGAUGAACCCUACUUCCCCGAGAAGAGCCGAGCUAGGCGCAUGCUGGCCGGCUCCGUGGUGGUUCUGAUGAUGGUGGCCGUAGUGGUCAUGUGCCUCGUGUCCAUCAUCCUGUACCGGGCCAUCAUGUCAAUCCUGGUGUCCAGGUCGAACAACACCCUCCUGGCAGCCUGGGCAUCCCGCAUCGCCAGCCUCACCGGCUCAGUGGUGAACCUCAUCUUCAUCCUCAUCCUGUCCAAGGUCUACGUGAGCCUGGCCCACAUCCUGACGCGCUGGGAGAUGCAUCGGACACAGACCAAGUUUGAGGACGCCUUCACUCUGAAAGUAUUCAUCUUCCAGUUUGUCAACUUCUACUCGUCUCCCAUCUACAUCGCCUUCUUCAAGGGCAGGUUUGUGGGUUACCCAGGCAACUACCACACCUUGUUCGGGGUCCGAAAUGAGGAGUGUGCGGCUGGAGGCUGCCUCAUCGAGCUGGCCCAGGAACUCCUGGUCAUCAUGGUGGGCAAACAGCUCAUCAACAACGCACAGGAGAUCUUCCUCCCGAAGCUACAAGGCUGGUGGCAGAGGUUCCGGCUCCGUUCUAAGAAGAGGAAGGCGGAGGUGUCUGGGGUGUCUGACCAGGCCCCGUGGGAGGCAGACUACACCCUUCUGCCCUGUGAGGGUCUGUUUGAGGAAUACCUGGAAAUGGUACUGCAGUUCGGCUUCAUCACCAUCUUCGUGGCCGCCUGCCCGCUGGCGCCGCUCUUCGCGCUGCUCAACAACUGGGUGGAGAUCCGCCUGGACGCGCGCAAGUUCGUCUGCGAGCGUCGGCGCCCCGUGGCCGAGCGCGCCCAGGACAUCGGCAUCUGGUUCCACAUCCUGACCGGCAUCACGCACCUGGCGGUCAUAAGCAACGCCUUUCUGCUGGCGUUCACGUCCGACUUCCUGCCGCGCGCCUACUACCAGUGGAGCGGCCCCGGCGACCUGCGCGGCUUCCUCAACUUCACCCUGGCGCACGCCCCUCCCGCCUUCGCCGCCGCGCACAACCGCACCUGCCGCUACCAGGCCUUCAGGGACAACAAUGGACACUAUUCACGGACCUAUUGGAACCUUCUUGCAAUCCGCCUGGCCUUCAUCAUUGUGUUUGAGCAUGUGGUGUUUUCCAUUGGCCGCCUUCUGGACCUCCUGGUACCCGACAUUCCGGAGUCUGUGGAGAUCAAGGUGAAACGCGAGUACUACCUAGCUAAGCAGGCGCUGGCUGAGAAUGAGGUUCUCUUUGGCACCCCUGGAGCUAAGGACGGUUCCCCAGUCUCCGAGACCCACCUGAGUCCACAGGUCUAG